AACGCAAAAUCUGGUAUUCUGAUCCAUAAUUUAGAGUUUGAGGGAAAAGGGGGGGUGGGCGAUCCCAACCACAGAAUAUCGCAUCGAAUCGCAGGAAAUGGAAUUGUUUUGAUGUCCAAACAAGGCAAAUGAAGUGUCGUGUUUCAAUCUUUCUGUUAUCCCUAAUCCUUCUCUUCUUCUUCUUCUUCUUCUUCUUCUUCAGCUUAUCCGCCUCACAAUCCCAACAACUCUCUCUUCCCUCUCUACCAGCACCCUCGCUUAAACCGGCCACGGCACUUGUUGCUGCCCUCGAUGGCACUAUGUAUUUGGUGGACAGUGUUUCUGGGAGGGUUUUUUGGUCUUUUUCAACUGGAUCUCCCAUCUACCACCACUCCUAUCGUGCUCCCAUCAAUGACCCUGAGGACAACAACGUUACCGGUCUCAUCGAAUGCGGAGAUGACUGGGAAUUGAUCGUCCACGAUGCUCGCUUUGGUAAAACGAGACUCUCCGAAUCAAUUGCAAAUUAUGUUGCUUUAACCCCUACCGAAACAAAGGAGGGAGCAUCGAUAUUUGGAUCCAAAAAAGACACUAUGUUUGAAGUGGAUGCUAAAACUGGAGCGCUUGUUCGAACGCACUAUGAUCUUGAUAAUGCUUCUAAUGUGGUGUUGAGUGGUGAUGAUCGGCUGCAGCGUGUUACAACUACAAAGAAUAAUGAGCUUGUUGAUCCUGCACAGCUGGACUCACCUGAGUUUUUGCUCAAGAUAACUAGGUCUGAUUAUGUUUUGAAAUCUCUUGGUAAAGCAGGAAUAGUUUUGUGGACUAUGAACGUGGCAGAAUUUAAGGCUAGAUUAAUUUGCCAACAUAAUGAAAAUCCUUCUGGAAGGGAUUCGUUUGAUGCAGAGGAUGGGUAUGUUGUAGACCGUGGCUUAGAUUUUGCUAUGCCGUAUGCAUGUUGGGACAUGAAACUGAAUGAAGUCUACCGCCAACGCAAGAAUUUUCUGUUACAUCCUGCUGACCCUGGAAGAUUGUCUGGUAUUUAUCAAGAGAAUAUUAUGCUCCCAUUCCAUACUUCAGAGCUGAUGCUUCCAUCACAACCUGAUAUGGAUGGAUUUAUCCUUGGUCAGGGCGGUAAUAUGAUGCUACCUUUGCCCAUAUCAAAUUCUUUGCCCUCUUUGCAACAAAAACUCGAUUUCUGUGAGAGCAAUGAUAAUGUAGCCAUGCUCCCUUGGCCUCUUAUGGAGAUCAGUACACAAGAGGAAGUUGAUCCAAAAAAGGUGAUUGAAUGGUCAACAACACUACCCCUUAUAUUAUUUACCAUCUUUCUUGGCUUUUUUGUUUUCUACCACUAUUUGGUGGUUACAAAUAAAGACCAAAACAGGGAGUUAAAUUCAAGAAGUUUACCUCCUAAGAAGAAGAAAGCACGCAAGUCAGUAAAGAACAAUAUCACCAUUGACAACAGACAGGAUAAACCUAUGUCAUCAGCUGAGGAGGAUAAACUAGCACGUAAGGAGACAAACACUGAUACAUAUACACAAAUGCAAGUUGAUGGACGCAGAAUUGGUAAACUGUUUGUGUCAAACAAAGAAAUUGCUAAGGGAAGCAAUGGUACCAUUGUUUUUGAGGGGACAUAUGAAGGCCGAGUUGUUGCUGUCAAACGUCUUGUCAAAGCCCAUCAUGAUGUAGCCCAUAAAGAAAUCCAAAAUCUCAUUGCAUCUGAUAGACAUCCAAACAUUGUUCGAUGGUAUGGGGUGGAAUGUGAUCAUGAUUUUGUUUAUCUUGCUCUAGAACGUUGUACAUGCAACUUGGAUGAUUUAAUUCAUAUGUACUCUGAUAUAUCAGAGAACCCGACAAUUUGCGAGGAUCAAUAUUCUAAUUUUUUUAAAAAUGCUCGAAUCGAUACGAGGAAUGAUAUGCGAUAUCUUUGGAAAGCAAAUGGAUUUCCAUCACCUCUGUUACUGAAACUGAUGAGGGAUGUAGUUUCUGGACUUGUUCAUUUGCAUGAACUAGGAAUAAUACAUCGAGAUUUGAAACCCCAAAAUGUUUUGAUAUUAAAAGAAAAAUCAUUAUGUGCAAAGCUUUCUGAUAUGGGAAUUAGUAAACGCCUUCUUGAGGAUAUGUCUUCUUUGGGUCACACUGUUACUGGCUGUGGAAGUUCAGGGUGGCAAGCACCGGAGCAACUUGUUCAAGGACGUCAAACACGAGCUGUGGAUUUAUUUAGUUUAGGUUGCAUUCUCUUUUUCUGCAUGACUGGAGGAAGACAUCCAUUUGGAGAACGUCUUGAGCGGGAUUUCAAUAUUGUGAAAAAUCAAAAGGAUCUUUUCUUAGUGGAGUUUAUUCCUGAAGCCGACGAUCUUAUUUCUUGUUUGUUAAACCCUAACCCUGAUCUCAGACUAACAGCGAUUGAAGUAUUGCAUCAUCCUCUUUUUUGGAGCUCUGAGAUGAGACUUUCAUUUCUUCGUGAUGUAAGUGACAGAGUGGAACUUGAAGACAGAGAAAUUGAUUCUGAUCUUUUGAAGGCUCUAGAAAGCAUUGCUCCACUGGCUUUAGGUGCAAAAUGGGAUGAGAAGCUAGAUCCUGAUUUCAUAACUAACAUUGGUCGUUACCGGAGAUAUAAAUAUGACAGUGUUCGACACUUGCUGAGGGUCAUGAGAAAUAAGCUAAAUCACUACAGGGAAUUGCCUCAAGAAAUUCAGGAACUGAUAGGACCUGUUCCGGAAGGAUUCAAUGACUACUUUGCAAGUCGAUUUCCAAGACUCUUAAUUGAAGUGUACAAAGUUAUAUACAAAAGUUGCAAGGACGAUGAAUGUUUUCAGAGAUAUUUUAGAUACAUUAACUAGUGCCUUGUUGCUCGGAUGGCUUGACAAUUCAUCAGCAGGAAAAAAAAUGGUUGAUUGCAGCAUGGAGCAAAAUCUAUUUACAUUUAUAGAAUGGAGCAGUAGACUUGUCAGGUAAUAUAAUGUACAUAUGUUGCCAUUCGCCAUUGAUUAAUCUACCCCAAAGUUACAAUGGAACACCAUCUAAUCCCUAGACCCUAGUGUUCAGAGGAUUCAGCCAAAUGUACAUUAAUAUAUUUUACAUGGCUUUGAUGUGAAGGUGGGAGAGAAUUCUUGAAUGAUUACCUUUUUACUUUAACUCUCUCAGUCAUAUAGAAAUUAAGAAUUGUAAAAAACUUCAAAUGUUUCGAAGGUCUAUACAGACAGGAAUUAGAAGCAGGCAGUUAGUUCAUGUAUAACCAAAAUAAAUGAUUAUUAUGACAUCUCAAAUAUCCCGUGCUUGAAUUUUUCAUCUGAUUUCGCUCUAUAUUGUGUAUUCUACGAAAAUCUAAUAGAAGGAGUGGAAGUUGAAAAUUUUGUA